AUGGUCAAUGCGUCUCAGUGCUUUUCUGUAUUAGCUGAUGAGACAACGGAUGUGUCUGUUAAGGAACAGCUUACGCUGUGUGUACGUUUUGUUAAUGGUACUGGAGAAAAUGCUAAGUUAUGUUUAAAUUCUUGCGGAAUUGACUACUCUAAAAUGUAUGGCCAGGGUUACGAUGGGGCAAGUAACAUGUCAGGGAAAUUUAAAAGAGUACAGACUAUAAUACGAAAUAAGUAUCCUAUGGCAUUAUAUGUUCACUGUGCUGCUCAUACAUUGAAUUUGGCAGUGUCUUCAUCAUGUGAACAACAAGAUAUAAGGAACUGUUUAGGUGUGGUAGAAAAAAUGCAUUGUUUUUUUAACACACCUAAACGUCACAGUAUACUUUUGGAAGCUGUUGCUAAUAGCGAUCUCAACCCAUCAUCCAAAUCAUUAAAGCGUUUGUGUGUAACACGUUGGGUUGAAAGAUACACCGCUGUUAAUGAUUUCGUUGAAUUAUUUCCAUGUGUAGUCGAGGCAUUGGAAAAAAUAUCAACCACCUUUAAUGACAAAUCAUCAACUGAUGCCAGUAUGUUACUAAAAUCCAUGGAUUCUGAGUUCUUAACUUCUAUUCAAGUUGUUAAUAAUGAUGGCGUAUUAUUAGGUGGUACUUUCUUAUGGUUUACCUUUGUGUAA